CACAUACACGCACUCACGCUCUCAACCAAAAGUGCAUUCAUAUGCUGACAGAUUCUCACAAACCUAAACUCACACUCCCUAUCGAAAGAUUUCACUGACAUGAGUUCAUCGCCGUAUUUCCCAGCGCGAUCCGCGCUGUUCCGUAAGGAGGCCAAUGGAGUGACGUACCGUGUCCCUGCCCUGCUCUACCUGUCCCUGUCCAACUCCUUCCUGGCCUUUUGUGAGGAGAGACUCAGCCCCUCAGACGCCCAGGCUCACCUGCUGGUCAUGCGCAAGGGCACAUUCUACAGGAACUAUGUAGAGUGGGAGGACAUGAGUGUUCUGGGUACGGCUCAGUUGGCGGGCCACCGGUCGAUGAACCCGUGUCCUCUGUAUGACGAGUUCACAGGCACCCUCUUCCUGUUCUUCAUCGCUGUGCUGGGCCACACCUCCGAGUCCUACCAGCUGGUGACGGGUAAGAAUGUAACGCGCCUCUGCUUCAUCUCCAGUAACGACCAGGGCAACACCUGGAGCCCUGCCACUGACCUCACCAAGAGGGUCAUAGGAGACACCAUCAAAGACUGGGCAACCUUCGCCCUGGGCCCGGGACACGGCAUCCAGCUCAAGUCAGGCCGUCUGCUGGUGCCAGCGUACGCCUACCACAUCGACUGCAAGGAGUGCUUUGGCCAGAUGUGCCUGACCACACCCCACGCUUUCUGUUUCCAUAGCGACACCCACGGGCGGACGUGGCGUUUUGGGGAGGCGGUGCCAGGGCCAGAGAGCGUGGAGUGCCAGAUGGUGUCUGUGGAUCAGGAGGAUGGCACCAACGUGCUGUACUGUAACGCCCGGAGCCCUUUGGGCUGCAGGGUCCAGGCCCUCAGUCUGGAUGAUGGAGCUGUCUUCCAGGAUGGACAGCUGGUACAGCGGCUCACAGAGCCACGUAAUGGCUGCCACGGUAGUGUAGUGGGGUUCCCUGCCCCCCUACACCUCAACCUCCGCCCUCGGCCACCCACCCAAGCCAGACACUGGACAUCCUUCGAGGCUAAGACUGGUGACUCCUCCCCACCCACCCCUCCCCCGCCCAGCUCCCCACAGAAUUUCCUUACACCCACCUGGGUGGUGUACUCUCACCCGACGUGGACCAACGUGAGGAAGGACCUGGGGGUGUACCUCAGCCUGUUCCCCCGUGACCCGGACAGCUGGUCUGGCCCGUGGGUGAUCUACGAGGGCCCCAGUGCCUACUCUGACCUGGCCUACCUGGAGCUGCCUUCAGCUGGGGCCCCGUCGGCCGUGGCCUUCGCCUGUCUGUUUGAGUGCGGCACCAGCACAGCCUAUGAUGAGAUCUCCUUCAGCAUCUUCACCCUCUACGAGCUCAUUGACAACCUGCCACGCAACACAAAGUCAGGCAGCAACACACAGCCACCCAGCAACACACAUCCACCCAGCAACACACAGCCACCCGGCAACACAAAGUCAGGCAGCAACACACAGCCACCCAGCAACACACAGUCACCCAGCAACACACAGCCACCCAGCAACACACAGCCACCCAGCAACACACAUCCACCCAGCAACACACAGCCACCCGGCAACACAAAGUCAGGCAGCAACACACAGCCACCCAGCAACACACAUCCACCCAGCAACACACAGCCACCCAGCAACACACAGAGCUUCCACAACACAACACAACCCAAGGAAGAGAGACCAGAGGCGAGGAAGAGGAGGACGGGGAAUAUAUGUGGUCUUUGCAAUGUUUCCUAACUGCUAAUUAACCGUUAAUCCUAGUGUUUUCUGCUCGUUUCCUUCUGAAGCUCAUGAAACAGGUAUACAACAGCGUCAUCUUUAAAUGCGGACCACAGAUUUCUGACGUUUUACCACCUGCUGAUGAAUUUGUUUUGUCUGAUAUCAAGUCCAUCCACGCCUAGUAACCCUCGACUUAAUGCACAUACUGUGUGUUUACACUGUAGUGGUUGUGUCACGAUAAUGCAGAAACAUUGCUGCAGUAGCCACGUUUUAUUGAAUAUUAACCAGGGGCAGCCUACAGAUGUAGGAUCUUAAUUUGAGCCAGUUUGCUACAGCAGGAAGAUAAUCCUGCUGCAAAAGGAAAUGUGAAUUAUUACGUGUAUUAUAAUGAAUGGACAUUUUUGCAAGGGUUGAUACAUUUUUCAUAUAGGGAAAAUCAAGUCUGAAAUUACUACGUGGAAAUUACAAACUAAAUGAUCAUUUUUAAACCUAAAAUGCACUACACAUUUUAAAUGUUGUGCAUUGCAGGAAAGUUAUCCUGCAGCAGGGUGAUCAAAUGAAGAGCCUACAUCUGUAUAACUCUGUUGAAAUGCAUUUUCUGCUGAAUUGUUGUAAUCGACCAAGAACACCACUAGAUGCUCACAAACAUAACUUUGAAUCAUCCUUUAUUAAACCAAUCCUUCUUUAUUAAACCAACCAUUCUUUAUUAAAUCAACCAUUCUUAAUUAAACCAAUCCUUCUUUAUUAAACCAACCAUUCUUAAUUAAACCAAUCCUUCUUUAUUAAACCAACCAUUCUUUAUUAAACCAACCAUUCUUUAUUAAAUCAACCAUUCUUUAUUAAAUCAACCAUUCUUAAUUAAACCAAUCCUUCUUUAUUAAACCAACCAUUCUUUAUUAAACCAACCAUUCUUUAUUAAAUCAACCAUUCUUUAUUAAACCAACCAUCCUUCAUUACAGUUUUUCUCAGUCGCAUUGGUGCGUUUCUUAGAUCAAAAGUGCAAUUCUUGAUACUACUUGUACAAAUUCCAAAUCAUCUAGUCACUUGUGCACAUA